AUGAGACCUUCUUCCUCGUCAGAGCCAAAGGAAGUUCCAAAGGAAGAGACCAAAUUUAAAAGGCCAAAAGUGGAGGAGGACGAGUAUGGGGUGUCGUCGACGACCAAGAGCAAAAGGGUCUUCAAAAUGUCCCCCAUGGUCGCGGCGAAGAUUUGUGAGAAAUGCGAAGCGGAGGCUGUGAAGCCGUGUUACUGGUCAUGUGGCUGA